AUGUCUGGGGUGCGAGAUGACAGGCUGGCUAUCUGGCUGGCCGGAUUGACCACUCUGACCAACUUCCUGUUCACCCUGCUCGGGGUGUGGCUUGUGGAGCGGGUUGGUCGGAGGAAGCUCACACUGGGCAGUAUCAUAGGGACUUGCCUGAGCCUGAGUGUGCUCGCUGUGGGCUUCCUGCUCUCAGCUCAGCACAGCCCUCCGGUCACCUUCCACCCUCUGGACCCAGCCAUGGCCAACUCGACCUGCAUCAAGUACCAGCUGUGUGAAGCGUGCAUGCUGGACCCCGGCUGUGGCUUCUGCUAUCGAGAGAACGUCACGGCUCUUCUCUCUUCUUCCUGUGUGCCGGUCAAUAAGGCGUCCACGGAGCAUGCAGCAUGGGGCAGAUGCUCAAACACAAGUCGUAUGAAGGAGCACACAUACUGGGCCUACAACUACUGCCCCACCUCGUACUCCUGGCUGGUUCUGCUGGGCUUGUUGCUCUAUUUGGCUGCUUUUGCUCCUGGUAUGGGCCCAAUGCCGUGGACCAUUAACUCUGAGAUCUACCCUCUGUGGGCAAGGAGCACGGGAAAUGCCUGUGCAGCCGGGGUCAACUGGACCUUCAACGUGCUGGUGUCCCUGACCUUCCUGCACCUGGCCCAGUACUUCACCUACUACGGAGUGUUCUUCCUGUACUCCAUAAUGGCUCUGCUCGGCUUCAUCUUCAUCUUGGGCUGCCUCCCUGAAACCAAAGGCCGCCGUCUGGAGGAGAUCGAGGCCCUGUUUGAGAACCGGUUGUGCUCUUGCGGGGUUUCGGACUCGGACGAGGCGCGGCAGGUGGAGUACAUCCGCGUCAAGGGCUCCAACUACCACCUCUCUGACAACGACGCCUCAGACGUGGAGUAA